AAACCUCUUCCGUUUCUCUCUCUCUCUCUCUCUCUCUCUAGAGCAAUGACGAUACAAAAGAGACGCCAAAUCUGAACGAGAGAGCAAAACCUCGACCACCCCCUCAGAAAUCCCCCAAACCUCCGAUCGAUCGCCGCCUGAGCUCCGAUCGCGAUUCGGAUCGGAUUCAGAUCGGAUUCAGAUCCGAUAACGCCGGUUGAUGGAGGAUCGAUCGUCGGGGGUGUGCAGUUGAUCGAGAUCGAAUCGGAUUCGAGAAGAUGCCAGGUUUGUUGAGUGCUCACGUUCCGGAGACAUCGCCGCCGACGGCGGCGGCGGGAUCGAGUGCGAUUUGGUCGAAGAAACGCGAUGAAAUCACCUUCGAUCAGCUUCAGAAGUUCUGGAACGAGUUGCCUCUCCAAGCGAGACAACAGCUCUUGAGAGUUGACAAACAUGGUCUUUUUGAGCAAGCUCGCAAGAACCUCUAUUGUUCAAGAUGCAAUGGGUUACUACUUGAAGGCUUCACUCAGAUUGUAAUGUAUGGGAAAUCAUUGCAACCAGAGGGUGCUUACUAUCACCUAACCAAUAGAGCAGGGACUGCCUUAAAGGCCCACAUUGACUGUGAGUCAGAUGACAUACAGGACCCCUCAGUGCACCCAUGGGGAGGUUUAGUAGCAACCAGGGAUGGAAUACUAACCCUUCUAGAUUGCUUUAUCAAUGCGAGGUCACUAAGAGCGCUUCAAAAUGUUUUUGAUAGUGCCCGAGCAAGGGAACAUGAACGUGAAUUGCUAUACCCCGAUGCAUGUGGUGGGAGUGGACGUGGCUGGAUAAGCCAAGCGAUGAAUAAUUUUGGUAGAGGGCAUGGGACUAGAGAAACUUGUGCUUUGCAUACUGCCAGGCUUUCUUGUGAUACACUAGUUGAUUUCUGGUCUGCUUUGAGUGAGGAGACUAGAAUGUCUCUUCUACGGAUGAAAGAGGAGGAUUUCAUUGAGAGGCUCGUGUACAGGUUUGACAGCAAGAGAUUUUGCAGAGACUGCAGACGGAAUGUCAUUCGUGAGUUCAAGGAAUUGAAGGAACUAAAGCGCAUGCGAAGGGAACUUCGCUGUACAAGUUGGUUUUGUGUGGCAGAUACUGCUUUCCAAUACGAGGUAUCAGAGGACACAGUCCAGGCAGAUUGGCACCAAUCCUUUAUAGACACAGUUGGAACCUACCAUCAUUUUGAAUGGGCUAUUGGAACAGGAGAAGGAAAAUCUGACAUUUUGGAAUUUGAAGAUGUUGGCAUGAAUGGGAAGGUCCUUGUAAAUGGACUUGAUUUGGGAGGUUUAAGUGCUUGCUUUAUUACACUGAGGGCUUGGAAGCUUGAUGGCCGAUGCACAGAGCUGUGUGUGAAGGCACAUGCAUUGAAGGGGCAACCAUGCGUCCAUCGCCGUUUAAUGAUUGGGGAUGGUUUUGUGACGAUAACUAAAGGGGAAAGCAUCAGAAGUUUUUUUGAGCAUGCUGAAGAAGCAGAGGAAGAAGAGGAUGAUGAUGCCCUGGACAAGGAUGGAAAUGAUAUAGAUAGCGAUGGUUCACGUCCCCAGAAGCAUGCUAAAAGUCCUGAACUUGCAAGGGAAUUCCUUCUAGAUGCUGCAACUGUUAUAUUCAAGGAACAGGUCGAAAAGGCUUUCAGGGAAGGUACAGCCCGCCAAAACGCACAUAGUAUAGUUGUUGUUUUUCUGUGCUUGAAACUGCUGGAAACGGAGCGUGUCAUGUUGCUUGCAAAGAGAAUAAUUACAUUAGAGAAGCAGAUCAAACUUCUCGAAGAAGAAGAAAGGGAGAAGCGUGAAGAAGAGGAGCGAAGAGAGAGGAGGAAAGCAAAAGAGCGGGAGAAAAAGCUUCGAAGAAAAGAAAGACUCAAGGGAAAAGAAAGGCAGAGGGAAAGAAAACAAAAUGAAUCAAAUCCUCCUCAUCUUGCUUCACCGGCAUCUACAAAUGACUCAUCCACAAGUACUCAAGAUGACUCUUCCCCUGCCACUUUGGACUCUGGGGAUUCAGUUAGUGAUCCUGGGGAAGUUGUUACUCCCCACAGACCCAUAUCUCCUGAUGUGGAAGAUGAGCAGUCUCCAAAUGGAUGUAUUGACACAAAGAACCUGAAGAGUGAUAGCCUACAACACCAAUGUCACAUUGAUGAAGAGACCGGUGUUCAAGACAGCAACAGCUCUUUUAUAAUUGAGCAGUCAAAAUCAUCUAGGAGGAAAAUGAGAUUAAAGAAGGAUUCUCUUUCAGGUCCAGCACCCAAGUGGUAUGACGAUAGCGGUCAUCAUGAUGGAUCUGAUACCAUUUUAACAGAUUCUUCCAGACUGAAUAAUGGAGGUCAUAGGCCAAUGAGGGAAAGGGUUGUGAAGACCAACACUAGGAGUUGCAAUCCCAAGUUUGGCGAGAAAUACCACUCUUCGAGCAACAGACAGCGUGAGAGAUAUGACUCCCAGUCCUGCAGCUGCAACCAGAACAGUGAUUACAGGCAAAAGGAUGGCUUUCAAAUUUCUACCAUGAGACCAGUAAGGGAGAUCAAGACUACAUAUAGGACAGAGGCAAUGUUGGAUAUGCCCAGGCCUAUGUAUCGAGGUAGUAAGUAUGGUCAUGGAUGUUUCACUCCUGAUAGUUGUGCCCCACCGAGAGGAAAGCUUUCUUCUAGUAGUCCUAGCAGAGAUAUUAUCCAUACAAGGCAAGUAUGGGAGCCUAUGGAUUCUCGGAGGAAGGGCACCAGGAGCAAUCCUGGGUCAGAUGUUACUUCCAGAGCUGCUGUUGUGGCCAAUCAAUGUGAAGAAAUUCAAUUAGGUAAAGCUGACACUGAGCACUCAUCUCCGAAAGCUGAUACUUUGAGUAGUGGUUAUGAGGACUGUGAGGAUAGCAAAAAUUCUUCUAGUACUGGAUUUGUUACGGUGAUGAAGUCAGAAUGCUACUCAAAGGAUGGUGCAGUAUCAUCCUUUUCCAUGAACAAUAGUUGUGUUGAUCCCACAAUGAGUUCUUCAAGUUCUGACAACUGCUCAUCAUGCCUCAGUGAGGGAGACAUCAGCACCAGUUCUUCGGGUAAAAACACUGAAUCUUCGUCGACUUCAGAUUCUGAGGAUGCUAGUCCACAAUCAGAAGGAAGAGAUGAUGAUUCACUCAACAAGUGUUGGAUAAAUGGAGGCAGUUCUUUCACGAGGACGAGUGCAGAAUCUGAAGUCGCCGACUAUGUAACCAAUUUUCCAAGAGAUGAACCCAGAACAUCUGCUCCCGUUUCUGAUAAUGGGGUUUUCCGAUUCAAUACACCUCCUCCACAGCAGCAGCACAGCCUGCCAAUGCAUAAUCAGAACAAUCAUAUGCCUGUUUUCUCUUCUCCAUCCACCGGGUAUCACAACCAAAGUGCAUUUUCUUGGCAAGCUUCUCCCAAUGGAUUGAUGCCAUUCCCUCAGCCCAACCACUUUGUUUACCCCGCAAACCCCCUCGGCUACAGUUUACCAGCGCCUCAUUCUUCAGAGUUUGGCAUGCAGUAUAAUCCCCUUCAGAGUAUAACUACUCCUCUAUUUACUGCACGACACCAUUCCCUGUAUCAGAAUAGCAACAGGUUUUACGUUACAAACCCCAAAGAGCAGUUCAGGAAUCUCACUGCUGAGGAGCCAGUAUCAACCGAACGGCAAUUUCGAGACCGGCGUAUGCCUUCGAAACUACCACCAAAUGGGCAAAAUGGGAUUAAAGGGAAUGCUUCUAGACCUCGUGGCAGCAGUUCAUCCUUCUCUUUGUUUCAUUUCGGUGGCCCAACUGUAGGAGCCACAGAGGAAAGUACCGGAAGAACGGCACUGAAAUCAGUUUCAUCUCAUGCCGAUAUUUCUUGUUCAAAGGUGGAUACGGAAAUAGAAGAGUACAGCUUGUUUUCCACAGGAAAUGGCGCUAGAUUUUCGAUUUUCUGAGCGCGUCAUCACCUACGUAUAUCGGUGAAGAAAAGAUGCUGAGUUCGCGGUAUCUCUGCCCUCGUGUGGAAGUGUGAGUGUCUGUAUUUGGUAAAAAGCAAUAAUUUUUUUUUUCUCUCUCAAAAAGUUUGCAGUGGUAUUUUCUCUCUGGAGUUUAUUGUGCUUGUCCUAGGUUUUGAUUGUCGAAAAAAAAAAGCGAGCGUUCUAUAUGCUCAUUUCGUUUUCUUAUUCUUUUUCCUGUAUGAGGUUAAUCUUUUCUCCAACAUUUAUAUUCAAUUUUUUUUUUCAUAAAUGAAGCUUUAGGAGUGCUUGUUGCAAGAUUUAUUUC